AUGACACAACUAUCGUCACUAACACUUCGUAUGAAAUUAAGCGACUUCGAUGACACGCCGGCUCAGAACGCUUUUGAACAAGUCAUUACCAUACUUGCAAACGAGUUGAAAGUAAACAAGACUCUCACUAAACUUGAUCUUGCAAAGAACAAAAUACGGUACAGAGGUGGUGAAGCACUGGCAGAAGCACUAAAAGUAAACAACACUCUCGCUCAACUUGAUCUGAGCUGGAACCAAAUAUCCGAUCGAGGAGGUGAAGCAUUGGCAGAAGCACUAAAAGUGAACCAUAGUCUGAUUCAAGUGGAUCUUAGAUGGAAUCGAAUAUCCGAUCGAGGAGGUGAAGCAUUGGCAGAAGCACUAAAAGUGAACAACAAACUCACUCAACUCGAUCUUGAAGGAAACGACAUGCGCGACAGAGGUGAUGAAGCACUAAAAGUAAACCAUACUCUGAUUCAACUGGAACUUGAAGGGAACCGAAUAUCCGAUCGAAGCAGUGAAACACGGGCAGACGCACUGAAAUUAAAUAACACUGUGAUUCAACUUGAUCUUCGAUUGAACCGAAUAUCCGAUAGAGGAAGUGAAGCAUUGAGAGAAGCGUUGGAAGAAGAUGGAAGAGUCGUUCUGUAUAGUGAUUCGGAAUUUUAUGAAUUAAGCCAUGAUGAACGUUUAAAAUGUCGAAUUAAAUGUAUUGAUCAAGGUUUUCAGUAUGGUAUAGUACUGAAUAAUGGCACAAAAUACUGUUCAAAAAAUGUACCGGUUUAUAAUGAAAAACAACAUAAAUGUAUAUGUAAAACAGAUUGUCCACCAGGUGUUUGA